AAAGAAGAAAUGAAAUAAAGGUAAAAAUCUACCUACAAAUAAGUGUGGAUCGCGUGUUGACGGCGUGGCGGCGGACGCUGUUCUCCCUUCCUCCCUGAGCCUCGUCUGAACCGGCAAGAUGACUAACUCCAAGGGUUUGCGGCGCGGUACGCGCAACAUGUUUGCGCGCGCCUUCAAGAAAAAUGGCACAGAGCACCUGUCCACCUUCCUGCGUGUGUACAAGGUCGGCGACAUCGUGGACCUGAAGGGCAACGGAGCCUUCCAGAAGGGUCUUAUCCACAAGUGCUACCACGGCAAGACCGGACGAGUGUUCAACGUGACCCAACAUGCCGUGGGCGUCAUCGUCAACAAGCGUGUCAAGGGAAAGAUCCUGCCCAAGAGGCUGAAUGUGCGUGUGGAGCACCUGACACACUCCCGCUGCCGCGAGGACUUCAAGAAGCGCGUCAAGGAGAACGACCGCAUCAAGCACGAGGCCAAGGCUAAGGGCGUCAAGGUCAUCUGCAAGCGCCAGCCCGCGCAGCCCCGGCCCGCCCACAAGGUCAACGUCACCAAGAACAAGCCAGAGUUCCUGACGCCGCUCCCCUACGAGUUCAUCGCCUAAGUGAGCCGUGCGCUGCGUGGUGUUGGGGUGAAACAUGGACUAAAAUAAAUGGUGAUGACGGACGGUUUA